AUGGCGGAGGAGGACGAGAACGGAGGGACGGAGGAGGUGGUGGGGGUGAUUGAGCGGACCAGGCAAGUUGGAAACGAGGAAGGGGCUGGGAAGGCUGAUUCGGUGAUUGAUGCGUUUGGAAGCUUGACCGUCGGAGGCAGUCAGAAGCAGAGAGAUGCAGCGGAAGGGAGAGUGGUGGAUGUGGUGCUGAGCGACAUGAUGAUGAACGCCAGUGGCAUGCCUUUUCGAGAUCACGCUGGUUCUAUGGACCUUUGCAACGCUGCCCUCACAUUCUGCUACGACACUCUGGUGACUGGUGGUCACUUCCUCUGCAAGUUCUACCAAGGCAAGGAAGAUCACGCCCUAGAGAUGAGACUCAAACGACUGUUCGAGAAGGUCCAUCGUAUCAAGCCGGAGUCUUCGCGGAAGGAGAGCAAGGAGUCUUAUUUUGUGUGUCUGCGCCGACGUCCGGACGUGGCGAGAGAGGACGUGUUCGACCAGCCAGGCUGA